AUGAAACUUCAACUCGUUAUCGCAAGUGUUCUUGUUUGUUCUGCUUUUGCAGCUCCAUCACUAGAUAAUUCCAACGAUGUUGUGAAUGAAGAAGAUGUCGGCAGAAAAAAUAUUAAAGAUCAAUUUGAUAUGAUUUUAAUGUUGGCUGAAGAAGAUAAAUUUGUCAAAGGAUUAUUGAAUUCUAUUGAUCAGUCGUGUGUCCUUAGAAAGUAUAAGGAAAAUCAUAUGCUACAAGACAUUCAAACACCCAUCGUCAAUAUCGCAGCCUUGGAAGAAGGAGAAGGAAUAGACGCAGCGUUAGUUUUCGGAAACAUUGCUUUGUCGUGUUCAAACAAGUUAAAAGGAGUCUUGGCAUUUAUUUUUGAGAAUUUAAUGUCUUAUGGCAGUCUCAUAGAUGUAUUCAGGGAUGAAGAUCCAUUCAAAGAGUUCAUCGACGACCUUGUUUGUUACAACAACUACGCAGUGAGAUCGAACUUCCUUGAUCCCAAUGCUUAUUCUCAUUUGAAUUAUGAAUUGGUGAACAAGACUCAAGAAGAAUGUGACGCAGAAAUUGCAGAAAAUAAGAAAGAUAUUACCGAAUUAUUAGAUGAUGUCGCAAUAUUUGUUGGUGAAGGCCACAGAAAUUGUUACCAAACGGAAAUCAUCAACACAGCUGAGAAGAUUUUCAUGAAGUAUCUUCUCUUGAUUCCACUUGGACUCACUGAUGCCCAGAAAAUGGAAGAAAAAACUGCAUUUAUCAAUGACAUUGUUGGCUUUUUGGAGAGACUAUUGACAUGCAAUGCAAAUAUUGAUAGAAAGUUCACGUCCAAGAUCAACAAAAUAAUGAAAAAUGAAAUAUCAGCCAAUGAAAUUUAA